GUCUGCCACCUUCAACGCCUCUUUCUUCAGGGAUCUCAGAUCGGUUUGUGUUGGAUUUAAGCUGGGUGAACAGUCUUUAAUUCUGGAAUGUAAAGUCUGGAGAUGUUGAGAUGAAAUAUUAUCAUGGCUGUCCGAAGUGUUCAUUGGAAGAACGACUAAGUUUGGUGAAGCUUUGGACGCUGUUUUGCCUUUCAAUGGUAAUUGUAUCACACAAGUCUGCGGGUUGCCAGUUCAAUGGAUUCCGGCCACACACCACCACUUACAAGGGGAGCUUUAAUAAACUGAGAACGCACCUGCCCUUAGAUUACAGCCUGACUGUGAUGCUGUUGGAUCAUGGCCAUCGGGAUCCCUGCUGUGUGGCUCUACAAGAAAUGUUGUCUUUCCGAUAUUCCCUCUCACACCUCGUCAACCACUCUGUCAGCCCCCUACGUGACAUCUCCAAAGCUGCCUUCAACGAAGCUAAAUUUCUAGAUGACUGUCCUGUGAAUAAAUCGUGGGGGUGCAGGAGUGAGCAAUGGAACGCCACGCACCUCCUCCAGAGGCUGGAGCAGAGCAUGAAUUCCUUUGACACCAACUAUAGUAAGAAUGUAUGCCCGUUUGAAGAUUGCACGCUCUUUACCUGUAUCUCAGUCUCGGAAAAGCUGGUGCUGAGCACCUCCCUGCCACUGUCCAACAAGGCUCCGCCCGAGGGAUUGGACACGUUACCUGCGGUGAACGAGACGAGCACUGGGUCAGCGGCGAUGGAGAACAAGACCAUCAAGUCCGCCACUCAAACAGACUUCACCGCAGACUUAGGGCUCAGCCAAGGGGCACUCUUGGUACUACUGAUCAUCAGCGUCAUCAUCAAUGCCGUGUUAGUGUACUACCUGCUUAAGAAGAAACAGCAACCGCGUCCUCCAGCAAGGGCUGAAAUAGAGCCGUUAUCCGUGUUGGUCGCUACGACCGGGGAGGAGUGAGGCAGCGAGGAAGAGGAAAGAGUGAGGAAGGCCCCCAAGCUUCUGUCUGAAGGACUCAUCUUACUUGCCAUGUUGGAAGUCGCCUAAAGGUCCUCUCACCAUCCCCUACCUGCUGAGCAUUGCUGUUGCCAUUCCCGUUGCCCCUUCCCUUACGCCUGCCACACCUACGGUGCUCAGAGGAAUGGAGGGUUGGGCGGGGGUAGGGGGGAGUCUGUGUGUCUGCUCUGCUCUUCAAAUCUUCAUUGUACAAAAGACUCACGGUGACGAGGGAAGAGACGAUGCUUGUGUGGGGAAGAUGCCAGACGCCUUCGCGAGCCUCUACGAUAGGGGAGGAAUGGGAGCACGGAGACUUCACAUAACGUAGGGGAGGGACACAGCUGGAAUUCCAACCUCCGAAUUGAGAAACUCCUAUCCACAGCCAUUUCAUGGAGUCCCGUGGCUCAGUGGUUAGAGCCCUCGCCUCGCAGGCAAGAGGACCCGGGUUC